CGUCAAUGUUUGGUUGUCUGUCCCAGGCCCUCUGCUGCUGUGAAGCAGCACGCUCGCCUCGUGUGUGUUGUUAGGCAUCGCCAUCUGCAGCUUCAGUGCUGCUCCCCCGUUAUGAAAUUCAAUCAGAACCAGCCAUGAGUCCUGAGAUUCCGGGCUAUGCAGAGGAAGGUAUAAAGACAGGGAGGAGUUACCCUCGCUGUGGUACCGGUAUUCAAAUCACACAACAACUCUCGUUGACAGAUCCCCGAGAUCCAACACUCCGUGCCAAUGGAUUACUCGAUGUACAACUCUGAUUCGUACUCGUAUUACUGCACAAACCCUGCAGACAUGAACAUGUACGCCGGAUCUGCGCAAAUUUACUACGGAUCAUCACCCGGACAAACCAACCUGUCGAUCCCUCCAUCCCCACCCACUGUCAACUAUCCACCUCUAGCGGCGGUCCAAACAGGACUCGUUCAUCGCGUACCCUGCCUAUGGGGCGGCUCAUGCCCCAUUCUGCUCGACGACAUAUCCGCAGCGGGCAUCAUGCGCCAUCUCCGCGAAUAUCACCUUGUUGAUCCCGACCAUCCGUGGGACAAGAAGGCCCGCGGCGUCUGCCAGUGGGGCGGCGAGUGCCACAAGGAGAUGGCAUAUGCCAGCUAUGGGAAGCAUGUCGCCGCUGUCCAUUUGCGCGGCAGUGUCCAAUGUCCCUAUUGCUAUAGGGACGUAGGCAGGCUCGGGUUGUUGGAGAGACACAUCCAGAGUUAUUGUCCUCAUGCACCCCCAUCUUAGAUGUGUUUCACAUUCUAUUGUCUUGGAUACCGCUCAUGGCUGCAAGGCCGGUCACUCAUCAUGCAUUGUAAUAAUUGGCGUCUCCUUCUGAUUGUGUCCCGGGUGCAGUUUCAGCUCCUGAUAUCUUGUGGGUUUUGUUAGAUGUUGCAACGUUUCGUAUGUACCCUUCUUCCUGAACGUCAGCGGCCGGAGAACGCCUUUUACUCCGCGCCGCCUCUUGUACUACUUUAGGCAAUUAUUUUCCCGCUUUGCGGAAUGGUCUGAUUCGUGCUCACUUCAGACAUAUUGAUAUGCUGUGCAGACAUGAUGCCUCAUUGCGCACUUGACGCUUUUAUCAUCGAC